AUGGAUGAAAAAAAGGGUUCUAAAAUUAUAGAAAAUUUUGUUUCCGAGGGCUAUAAUACUAGUUAGAAAUAAGGAUAAGCGAAUAAAGACUUAUUAGAUGCUUAAAAGAAAAAGUAUUUGAUCGUGGCACCACUUAAAGAUUCAUCUUUUAACUCUAGUCUCAAAUCUAAAAAGGAUAUUGUAAAGUUUCUUAGGAGAUAGUUAUCGCUUAACACAGAGUAGAAAGAACAAGAUAAGUAAUCAGAUGAGUAAUUAAAAAAAGAUGGUGAUAAUGAUUCUUUUAGCAUUGAAAAUUCUGUUGUUUCCUUGCAAAUCGAUGACGAUAUGCCUAGGUCUAAGUUUCUUCUACAGUAGCUACAGCCUCUAAAAGUUGGAACGAAAUCUAAAAAUAUCAACAUUGAGUUUCAAACUACAAACAGCGAUGAUGAAGGUACUUUGUUGAGAAGGUCUAAGUAUGUAUCCCAGCAAAGUGCUCCCCUUCCUGCUAAUUAUUCUCUUGGAAUGGUAUAAUCUCAAAGUACUCCUCGAGAAUAUGACACCAAUCUUUAAAAAAUAAAGAAGAGCUCUAGGCUUCCUAGACUAACCUAGAAUAAUUUUAGAGAUCAAUACCGAAGAGCGGCUACAAUAAAACUUGAAGAUAUAAAUGAAGACUUAGACAGUGUUUAAGAAUCGCAGGAGAGUGAAAAGAUGAUAAAACCAGCAGCACAAGAAAUUCAAGGAGUGUAGAAGACAGAGGCUUAGCAGAGAUGGGUAAAACUUUCUAAUUUGUUCAGGACUAUUAAUCUUCUUAAGAACUAAGAAACAGUAAAACUUGAAAAAGCUAGUGAUAUUGUUUCAGAAAUCAGAAGAUAUCCAAAAAAAUUAGAGAAAAGAGAACACAGAGGAUUUUUCGGAGGAUUUGGAAACGACUCAUUUUAAUAGAGCAGAAAAGAGAACAGAUUUUUCAAUGCGAUUUGCCAUGGAGGGACAUCAGCUCUUGAAAAGAUUCAGAAUUAUUUAGACAAUGACCCUAAACAGCACAUGUAUGAAAAAACAAAUCCCAAUCACACCAUUAAUCGACCUAAUACUUUUGGGUUAAGGCCUUUAUACCUUGGAUAUGGUAUACUUAAUUUAAAACAACUUACAAACAUUAGGAACCACAUAAAUAUUGUCAGUUAUCUGCUUAAUAACUUUGAAUGGUCGAAAACUGAGUUGAAGGAAUGCAUAUAACUCACUGAGAAGAGCUCAGCAAUCCGAAAAUUACUUACUUAUCAUGUAAAAAGUAAAUAUGGUACUUGCAGCACAUUCUGUUGCUUAAUCGUCUUUUGA